AUGAGGAAGCAUUGCAUAAAUUGGCUUUGGCUGCUCCUGCUGCUAAAGAUCAUAUUUGUGAGUGGCGAACACCAGGGAGAAGAUCACAGAAUCCAAAGACGCUUCAUGUGGCAGGAGAUGAACAACUCGGUGAUGGGUGGCGUGCUUGGACGAAUGUAUCACGGAGCCAGGGCCAUGAAGACAAUGAUCACAGGCCUAUUGCCCAGCACGGCAAGCUAUGGCCAAAAGUUGGCAGCGGCCAUUGACUUGCAGCCCACGGAGAUGACGCGUGUGCGGUACAUCAUCCGAAAUCCGCACAACAACAAGCCAAUGAAGAUCAUCAAAAUGCGACCUUCGCCCAAGAAAGUGGUGAAGAUCAGGAGACCUCUGGCAAAGCCCAUGGUCAUCGAGACAUCGACUAUCAAUUACGAGCAACAGAUGAGACAGUUGGAAAAGGAACAGGAGCUCAUAGCCGAGGGCAAGGCACCCAUGACCAGUGAUGAAGCCAUCAUGAAUAAAUACUUUAAGAAGCGACCACACGGGGGCUCCACCACCAACGAGGUGAUCUCCGGAAAGAUUAUGGAGUACCAGAGCUGGAAGCCAGUCUACAAGCCGGGAGAACAUCCCUCCACAUUUGUGACCCUGAGACCCCAGGCCUUGACCCAUCUACACACGGAUAUAUCCAGUGGAUAUCAUGAAAUGCUGCCCAAGCCGGAGAAGUUGGUCAGCUAUGAGUACGAAAGGGAUGAGGAGAAGGACGAGGAGACGGAGAACGAAGUGGCCAAGCAUACGGGUCAUCGAUACGAGGUCACCGAGCAUACAGGUGAAGCUAGCGAGGAAGUGGAGUCGGUGCCGUCGUCCUCAAUGGAGAGUGGCUUUGUGCCUAGUCAGGGAUUGAGUUUUAGAGAACACCUUGUAGAGCACCAUGCUCCUAGACCCAGACAAAGGACUACAGCCAGUACAACCACCUCGACUACGACCACCACAGAGGCACCCAAUUAUCCUCCCGCGUUCUUAAAGAAGUUCAGGGAAAGGGAAAGGGAGCGGGAACGCGAGCGUGAGACCAGCACCAAGAGACCCCGCAAACACCAUCACCAGAAGGAGGUCUAUAUAAUCCGAGAAAGCGAUGACCACUCCGAGGGCAGCACUACGCCGCCCUCCUUCUCCAUGAGCAGUCUGCGUGCCCGUCUCCGGGAUCAGCAGCGCCACCAGAAGCAUCUGCACAAGCAGCAGCUCGAGGAGGAGGAACUGGAGGAGGCCCUCGUGGAUGCCAUGCAUGGCGAGAAGUGGCCCUCGGAUGUGGCCCACAGCAGCUUCCAGCUGACCAGUCCCAUUGGACCCAGUGCCGUGGCCUUUGAGCAGCCGUUGGCAUCUGCCACCAAGGUGGUGGCCAAGGGUCAGUACAAGCGGCAGACCCGCGACAACAUACGCCAGCGGGGAUCCGUCAAGUUCGGCGAUAAACCCAACUACGACGAGGUCUGA